AUGGAGCAAGAGAAGAUCCUUACCUCCUUCGCCACCAUUGAUUUUUCAGGGAAUAGAAUUGAAGGACAGAUUCCUGAAUCACUUGGUCUUUUGAAAGCAUUGAUUGCACUCAACUUCUCAAACAACGCCUUCACAGGCUAUAUUCCUCCGUCUCUCUCCAAUCUUAGCAAUCUCGAAUCACUAGACCUAUCAAGCAAUCAACUCUCAGGGACCAUUCCUAAUGGACUUGGGAGCCUCUCGUUUUUGGCGUACAUAAAUGUGUCUCACAACCAACUCAAGGGUGAAAUACCACAAGGAACACAAAUUACGGGUCAACCUAAAUCUUCAUUUGAGGGGAAUGCAGGGCUUUGUGGUCUUCCUCUCAAGGAAACUUGCUUUGGGACUAUUACGCCACCAACACAACAACUUCCUGAAGAAGAAGAAGAAGGAGAAGAGGAAGAAGUGUUGAACUGGAAAGGUGUGGCAAUAGGGUAUGGACCUGGAGUGUUGCUUGGACUUGCGAUAGCACACCUCAUUGCUACAUACAAACCAGAGUGGCUCGUUAAGAUAAUUGGUCCGAACAAGCGCAUAAGCCGUUAUAAAUGUUCACUUUGAGUAUGAUCCUUCAAUGUAUGUCAAGUGGCUGGUUGAUGUGAUUCCUCUUGUAUGGAAGCAUCUCUUUUAUGUUUGGUGUAUCAUUAUCUGAUGUUUUGUUUCGAUUUCGUUUUCUAUUAAAAUAAGAAUGAUGAAUGUUUUAUAGUCAAUUUCUUGUGCAUCUCUAUUAUUUUCUUCUGAAGAGUAAAAUGGCAGAAGCAAGGAAGAUGGUGAGAAAAGGGGUCAUAUUGCGGUUUAGUAAUUCUCAAAUAUUAGAUAGAUCACACUCCAAUAAGAAGAAGUAAAGAAACUGUUGAGACCUAAUGGGGAUAUAGAGACAACUAAUAUAUUAAAUGGCCGUUUUGUAAAGGAUGCUUUGUGAUUAUGUCACUUAUUAAUUUGAAGUUGCCUGUAAGAUAUUUCUGCCUUUCAAGAUACUGCAGAAUACUCUGAUCAUGUUAUGAAAGCUACACCAUCAACAGAACGAAACCUCUAACUUAUAGUGACAGAAGUGGGAAGCAAUGGCUAUAGGCUAUGCUCUUGGAGUAACAAUAUCACAAGUCACUGCUUUAUACACACCGGAGUUGCUCCUCAAUCCUAAUCUAAGAGGGUCCUGGGAAGGAGAAGCAUUGGUGUGUCAGAGAACAAGAGGCUUGACUAUUGAGGAGGCAAGGCGUGGUUGCAGUGGUGGUGGUGCGGCGAAGAGAACAUGGCGCUUAGGGUUUAGAUGCGACGGUGGUAGUUUUGUUGUUGUUGUCGUGAGCUUGAAGACAGAGGAGGUACGUCGCGGUGGUGGUGUGAUGCGGCGGAUGAUGAUGAUGUUUAGAUUUACCCUUAGGUUUUUUGGUUUUGGUUUUGGUUUAGUGAUUCUUUUAACCUGGUUAAGUUUGGAUUUAGAUUUAUUUAUUUUGGCUUAGUGUUAUACAUCAUUUUUUGUAAAGUAUUAAUAAAAGUUAUUAUAUUU